AUGGUGAAAAAUAAACCCGUCUCUGUAUCUUCAGCAAAAGACAGAACAUUACUGAGUAAAAUUUCUUCCAUCUUUAAUAAUCUUCCAAAUGAUAUCGAGCUUUCGGACGAUUCUGGAUCGGACGCGGAAACGAUUGGCAACACGCCUAACUCAAACUCUUCACCCAGCCACAGUCAUGGGCUUAUACAAGACCGGCCCCCAGAACUGAAACGCUCAGGAUCGACGAAUCAUCAUCCCAGCUGUUAUGAUAUUUCAUUGUACAGUCAAUCCACAGCAAAAUCAUCCCCAGUGAAAGCAGAGUUGAAGCGGUCAUACACAAACAAUAAUCUUGGAGACUCGCCAACCCUCUCUACUAUCUACGCAUUGAGGAGCAAGGACCAACAUGGUACUAUGAAGAAGAAAAACUCGUCAAACUUGUCUACAGUAAUAUUUGACAAUGCUAAAUCCAUUUUAAACAACAACUUGACCACAUCUGGAGCAAUUGAGAGUACGAAAAAGACAAAGCGUCCAAAGAGAUCAUCCGAGAAUCCUCUCAAGAGUGGAGGUAUUCCUCGUAAAUAUUGGAUGAAUAAUUCCUUCGUGGCCGAUUGUCUUAAUUGUUUUAAACCUUUCACAGCUUUCCGUAGAAAGCAUCAUUGCAGAUUCUGCGGCCAAAUUUUUUGUGCAGAUUGUACUUUAUUCAUAUCGUACAAUCAGCAUAAAGAAGAAAGGAAGAAUAAUGGUGACAUACACAAUACGAAAAGGCUGUAUCAUGACAAAUUAAGAGUUUGUAAACCCUGUUACAGUGAUGUUAUCGUCUACCUCAGUGAUGACUCUUCCAGCUCUGAAUCAGAUAAUGAGCCCAAUCUAGUUGACGAACAUGCUUCAAACCCAGAAAAUCUUAUGGUCAAUCAUCCAAUCACUAGGAUACGAUCUAUGUCCAUUAAUUCACGCCGUGAUAGUUUGCUCAAUGAACAAGGAUCGCUGGAAAGAACUUCUAUCGAAGUCAGUAAUGGAUCUCCAUCGCAUCGGAAUUCAAUCUCCACGGGGAACACCACAACAAGUACUCCUGUCAGGUUUACUCAAGAAAAUAUCAAGAUAUACCCAAGAAAAGCACCACAGAUGGCGAUUCCAACAACUAGAACGGGGGAGGCGGUGGAGAUCCCUGCAGCCAAGAGUUCAUACAUUAAUCAUACAUCAACUUGGAUGAAUGCUUCGAAGCAAAAUAGCGCAUCGAACCUAAGCACCAGUCACCAUGCCUCAGAAGCUCUUCCAAAUAAGAGCUGGUUCAAGAGUUAUGCUCAGCUCAGAACUGCAUCUCCUGACUUACUGAGGACUAACAGUUACGACAAUGUCAAUAAUUUGUACAAUAACAUAAUAGGAAGAAAAGUUUCCAACAACAAGCUACGAAUCAAGUCUGGAAGUAAAUCCAAAGAUGAUAAGGAAGCUAUUGAUCCCAACAGUGACAAUGAUGAUGCAGAUACUGAAGAAUCGAAUGACGAAAACGAAAGUGAAAUUGAGGAUGAACAAGUGAUGUCCUUAUACACGUCCUUGAAUCAUAAUGGAUACAGUAAUGGGCAAUUAUCACCAAAACCUUCUAAUGUUAAUACCAGUUUAGUUAUGCCUACUUUGGGAGAGUUUCCCAACAUGGUUAGUUCUUUCACUAAAAUAUUUCAAGGAUCCAAGAACUCAGUUCAACCACCUAUUAAUCAUCCCAUUCUCUUCGAAGAAUUUCCGAAAUCAGAGAGUUUAAGGUCAAGGGAAAGAGCAAAUGCUUCCUUGGAGAGAAUGAGGUCAAGAAGAAAAGUCAAAUCCAAUAGAAACCUCCUGAUUUUGACUCAAAAUCGUUUACCAAGUUUCGAUAAUUACAAGUUGAAUCAAGUGAAACUUUCACCAAAUUUAACACCAACCUCACCAAAAGUUAGUCUUGUGAACCUUGACACUUCAAAAUCUAAAAGUUCAACACUCACAAUGCCUACUGACACGGAAUCGCAUGUGGUACAGCCCGGUACUAACGAUGAUGACUCUCAUCUUGAAGAUCACUACUCUAUCAACCCCUUCCAAGUUUCCGAUCAAUCUUCGCCUAGUGGAACGAGAUACAUCGAUGUAUUACCCUUCAACAAAUCUGUUGAUCAAGUUUACCAAGAGGUUUUGGAUUUUAUUCUAAAACAAAGUCUUGAAGAUUGCGAUAUAAAAGAAACUCAGGAUGAAUGGAUGGUACAAUUAAAGAAGGUGUUGAACUAUGUCAAUAUGAUCAAAUUAACAGAUACUUUGGAUGUGAAACAGUAUGUUAAGAUUAAAAAGAUCCUCGGGGGUAAAAUCGAAGAAACUAAUGUAAUGGGAGGUUUAUUCAUUACGAAGAAUAUCGAUUCAAAGAAAAUGUCUUUCUCAAUUAAGAAUCCCAGAAUUGCCUUACUUAUGUUCCCAAUCGAAUAUUUGAAGCAGAAAGAGCAGUUCAUCAGUUUGAGAAUUAUCCACUCCCAACAAUCUGUGUAUAUUACCAACUUGGUAUCCAAACUCAUAUCAAUGAAGCCAGACAUAAUUAUCAUCGGGGAUUCAAUCUGUGGUUUAGCUAUGAACUUGUUGGAAGAGGCUGGAAUUACUAUUAUAUCCAAUGCUAAGCCUCAGAUUAUUGAAAGAAUCUCAAGAUAUACCAAUUCCAACAUCUUCCAAUCAGUCAACGAUUUGUUUUUCAAGAAGGGUCAAUUGGGUCAGUGCAAAAAAUUUGAGGUGAAGAGAUAUAUUUACAAUAACCACAUAAAGACUUACUGUUUCUUCAUUGGCAACGAAAUCGAAACCGGCUUUACUAUCACCUUGAGGGGUGGAAAUGAAGAUACUCUUACAAGUGUAAAGUAUUCAACGGAAACCUUAUUGCCUGGAAUUUUGAAUAGCAAAUUUGAAAAGAGUUUAUUGAGGAAUCAUCUAGUUACUUUCGACAAUGAUAAGAUAGAUGAGCCUAAUGAGCAAGUGAAAGAGUAUAACGAAAAAAUCAGAGAGAUUGAGAUUGACAGGGAAAAGAAUCCUGAAAUGGACUCUUGUGUGCCAAGUACUGAAAUUGCAGCUGGCACCAAAUUGUUUUUCCACUACAUGACAUUGUUCAAUCAAAGGAAAAUAAGCUUGUCGCCUGCUACAAAGUUUCCUCUUCCAACUCCUUUGGUUAAUGUGAUAGAUUCAUAUUACAAGUAUCAUAAGUACUUUGGAAAAAAUAAGUCAAUCCAAAAUUGCAAUGAUUAUGAGAAGCUAGACCAUACGUGGACAGAAGAGUUAUGUGUUAACAUUGACGUGAAUAAACUUCCUAAUGAAGGAGAUGAUAUGAUCAGAAUCUUGAAAUCUAUUAGUUCAUCACACCUCAAUACCCUACUCAAUGAUUAUCAAGCACGGUUAAGACUAUGGAUUAAUUGUAUUGGAAUUUCAUCUUAUCAGCUAUAUCCUAUUUUCCAUAAGAACAUACAUGUUUUACAAUCGUCAGUCUCCAUCAAGUACUCAACUCCAUGUUCUGGUCCUAACAUUAUGAUUAUCGAUUAUUACACUGACAAUGACAAAUGUUUAGGGUUAUUUUUGGACCAGAUAUUCCAAGACUUCGAUAAAGUUUGUAAGGAAUGCGGGGAGAUCAUGUUGAACCAUUACAAAACGUAUGUUCAUGAAAAUGGGAAAUUAGAUUUAAUUUUGGAGAAGAUUGAGAAACGAGAUGACCCUGAGGAAGAACGCUUCCGUGAUGUUCAGAAGAAUCAAAGAAUUAUGUGGAGCUAUUGCAAAGAAUGCGAUCAAUCGACUCCAAUUACUAAAAUGAACGACGAAACAUAUUAUCUCUCCAUUGGUAAGUUCUUGGAAUUGUGCUUCUAUGGUCAAGAUAUAAUUCUUCAAGAAGGAAGCUGCAAACAUGACUUUUUCAGGAACCACAUAAGAUAUUUCGGCUACAAUGACCUUAUUGUUAGACUUGAAUAUACCAAGAUUGAUAAUUACGAAGUUAUUGUGCCUCGUAAACAAUUGGAGUUCAUCCCUGAAAUUGAUAUGAAUUUAAAAGUCGAGUCAUUCACCGGUAUUCAGAAUAAGUCUGAGAAGUUUUUCAGUAGUAUUUCCAAACGAUUAAAUCGUGUAAAGUUGGACACAUUUGACAAAGUUGAAGAUGGGCUUCAAAAGAUUGAGGAGUUAAAAAGCAAGUUGAGUAAUCAAAUUGAAAUGAUCAAAAAUAAAACAUUAGAAAUCUAUAAUUCAACUGCACCCACUGAUUAUUUAAGUCUAAAUUUUGUGUUGAGAGAAUUACAAGAAUUGGGUGUCAGUUGGGAUAAUGAAUUCAACGAGUUUGAGAAGAAUUUCUUGCCAUCUGAAAAUGAAAUCAACAAAAUUACUCAAUUUCAUUUGAGAAACUUCUUGAUGGAUAAGAACGAAAAAGCAGAAAGCGAAAAGAUAAUGAACGACAAGAAUUCAGAUGAUCAAUCUGUCAACAAUCAAAUAGAGACCAAGGCUGUGGAUGAAGAAACCGCCAAGAAAGAUGAUGACCUGGCCAGCGAGUCAGCACCAUCAACUCCCACCAAACUAAGAGUCAUUAAACCUCCAAUGUCGUCCUUGAACCACGAGAAGACAAAAGAAAUUGGUAAGAUGAUUCCCUCUUCCCUUUAUCUGCAUUCAAUUAUUGAGCGUAUCAGCAAGAUUGAACAACUCUUGGAAAAUGAACGUAAUGGAAAUCAAAUGAGAAAGGAAGACAUUAAAAGGUUACCUCCACCUGCUCCACUCAGACACCUAACUCGAAAAGAUUCGCUGUCAUCCUUAGACAGUAUUGAUGGAAAUGGACAGCCUACCAAUAAGGUGUAUCAAUUGGCAAAUCUUUUUGAUAAAAUGAAUAUCGAUAGAAUCUCCUUGGAAUUUAAGAGACAAAGAGAACAGGAAUUGAAGAAAAAAUCUCAUAAAUUCAAAGCUUUGCCAAUUGUGGAAAGUAAACCAAUAGUCGAGAUUUAUGAUAAGAUUGAAGAUGUUGUCGAUGUCAAUGAUGAAGAGAAACGAGGCAUAAGAACUCAACCUCAGAAAACAUCUGGCCCAACAGACCCCAAAGCUGGUAAUGCUAGUAUUGGUGGCCCAACCGGGGGCUCUAACCGUGCUUCAAUUGCUAGUACUGGGCCCUUGUCAAGCAAGAAUCUCGAUAUUCCUCAACCUGAGAAAAUGACUCUAUUAAAGUCACUAACAAAUUUCUGGGCAGAUCGUUCUGCAACAUUGUGGGAUCCCCUUGAUUAUCCGUUGGAAUCCCAUGAGCAUACAUUUGCUGAUUCUGAUGUGAUUGUUAGGGAUGAUGAACCAAGUUCGUUAGUUGCAUUCUGCUUAUCAUCGAAUGAUUACAAACAGAAACUCGAUUCCAUGGGUAAGGAAACUGACUUGUCUGGAGGAUUUGACUUGGAGAACAAUGAAAUCAAUAAUAAAAAGAUCAAUAAUUUCAUUAAGAUUGAAAAGAAGUUCAAGAAGAAAGACAACAACGAACCAACAACACUCGAAAAGAUCAUGAUGAAAAACAAGUCUAAUCACUUGAAGUAUCAAUUCGUUGAUGGCAAUACAAGUUUAUCAUGCAAGAUCUUUUACAGUGAACAAUUUGAAGCCUUUAGAAGAGCAUGUGGUAAUAACGACAACUUUAUUCAAAGUCUUAGUAGAUGCAUUAAGUGGAACUCCAACGGUGGAAAGAGUGGUUCGAACUUUCUUAAAACAUUGGAUGAUCGUUAUAUCGUCAAAGAACUAUCCAAAUCCGAACUUGAAUCCUUCGUCUCCAUAGCACCAUUUUACUUCAAGUACAUCUCACAGUCAAUGUUCAACACGUUGAGUACUGCUAUUGCAAAGAUUUUUGGUUUCUAUCAGAUUCAAAUUAAGAACACCAUUACCGGUAAGACAUACAAGAUGGACUUCUUGAUUAUGGAGAACUUGUUCUACAAUCACAAGACUACCAGAAUCUUUGAUUUGAAGGGAUCCAUGAGAAACAGACAUGUCAAACAAACAGGGAAAGAAAACGAAGUCUUGUUGGAUGAGAAUAUGAUUGAGUAUAUCUACGAAUCACCUGUUUUUGUUAAGGAACAGCUGAAAAAGCUUUUGCGUGGUUCGUUAUUCAAUGAUACCAGUUUCUUACUGGCCAUGGAUGUUAUGGACUACUCUCUUGUGAUUGGGAUCGAUAACAACACCAAAAAAUUGUAUAUCGGUAUCAUUGACUGGUUGCGUACGUUUACCUGGGACAAGAAAGUCGAAAACUGGGUCAAAGGAAAUAAUUUGAUCGGAGGAAACAAAAAGGGUAAGGAUCCUACCAUUGUGACACCAAAGCAAUACAGAGCCCGUUUCAGAGAAGCGAUGGAAAGAUAUAUCUUAGAAGUACCAGAUAUUUGGUACGAAGGAUCAAAGUUGGCGUGA